AUGGCAGAAGAGACGAUCGUUGCCGCUCCUGGACCUUUGGCGCGUCAGGCGCCGUCAGCUGAAAUGCAAAGUCCACGUGAUGACUUAGAUCCAAAAUCCUCCACCGCUGGUCCAGAAGCUACAUUACUUCCCUUCCCUGGCGAGUCAGCCGUUUAG